UGUCCUGUGUCACAGUGUUAUGGUUCCCACCGUGUACAGACCUCACGUGAAGCGCGGUGAUAACCGUUUAUGAACUGUAAUUUUCUCAUAUUUUGUCACAUAUUUUUCAGCAUGCAUCUAACGCAUGAGCUAGAGCUGUUCCCCGACCACAGAGUGACUCAAAUGCUUUUCAAAGAAGUCAAAAAUGCCGCAGGGUUGAGACAAAGUGCCGUGGAGGGUAAAAUAAAUGGUGCCUUGAUCAACCCUACAAUGCUGGUGAAUCCUUUCCAAGUGCUGGUAGCUGCCAAUAAAGCUGUUCACUUACAGAAAUCUGGGAAAAUGAAGACAAGAAGUCUGUACUCAGAGAUUAUCUUCAACCUGUCACCUACUAAUAAUAUCUCAGAGGCCUUCAAAAGGUUUGGGAUCUCAGAUGGCGACGACUCUGUAAUGGUGGUUGUGGUUCACAACAAAGACGAGUCACAGCUUCUGGCAGACAUCACAGCCAAGGUGGAAGGACGGCAGAUUCCAGUGGAAGAUGUUUCCUCGCUGUCAGACUCUGCAAAGAUCAAAAAGCUGUAUAAAGUCACUACCCAGGAGGAGAAGUGUGGGACUCUACUGGAUGCAGUUGUAUGCAGAAUGGCCACCAAGGAUGUCAUGUAGCAACAAGAAAUAAGUUCAACUGUUCAACUUUGUUGCAUUUUUCCCAUAUGAGAUGUCAAGAAGGUUUUUACUUAAUAAUGUUGCACCACAUUGUAAAGUGCCAAGCUUGCAAAUAUUGUCCUUCUUGCACUCAACUUGAAAUCUGUGUCAAGUCUCCCACUUUAACUAAAUAUCUUAUUUUUCAAAGUC